CAGAGGAAACUCUCUCGCCCUUUGUUCCUCCUAUCUCACAGUUUACCCUGUCUCUCUCUCCUCUCUCUCUGUGUCGGUGGAUGCCAGACGUCUCAGGGUGACGGCGAGCUGUGGAAUAAGGGGGGAGGUGGUGGAGGCAAACGGUGAGUGUGAAAUGUGUGUGUGUGUGUGUUUGACAACAUUCCUCUUCCUCUGAGCGUGUGCAGAAGGUGAAGAAGACGAACAGAGACGCUCCAAAAAACCAGAGGUUGUUUGAGCAUCAGACUGAAAAAGAGGAUGUGGGUCGACGCGGUCUGAAUGGAAAACACGCCGUCAUCCUUCACAUCUCUUCUCUCCACCUGAAUCUGUGAAACCCCGCGGCCGAUCCAAGAUGGCUGCCGUCAGCAUGUUGUUGCUGCUUGCGGUGGUGACGUCCGUCUGCAGAGCGAGUCUGGUGGUGCUGAACUCGGGCGUGGCGGUCUCCCGGGGCGGCUCGGUGUUCGUCACAGAGAAGGAGCUGAAGAUCAGCGUGGGUCUGGACGCAGACUGUAAAGUGGAGGUGGUGAUGAACGAGCCCGUCACACAGAGAGUGGGGAGGCUGACUCCACAGGUGUUCGACUGCAGCUUCCUGGAGGACGAGGUGAAAUACGUCCACAGUGGGAGUCCUCUGCUGAACCAGGACACCGUGAUGCUGAGAGUCUACAGGUUCACGUCCUCGGACACACAGGUGGACACGUUGGUCCUGGAGGUGCGGGUGGUGGACUCGGGGUCUGGGGUGGUGGAGUUGGGAAGCGCCCCGCUGGUGGUUCCUCAGUUCUACGGUUUGUCAAACGCCAUCGACAGCUCCGUCCUGAACAUCCGGACCAACGCCGACAUGCUCUGCAUCGUCAGACUGAUGACGACCGACACCAACGUCCCCGCUCUGGGUCAGCUGGUGAGCGAGGACGAGUCCACGCUGAGGAAGGGCAGAGAGACAGCUGUGAUCUGUGCGGGUAACAAACCGUGUCUCCAUCACACCAAGGAGGUUCAGUUCCUGAAAACCAGCUGCCAGGACUUCCUGAUCUCCGGUCUGAAGUACCAGCACCUGAGCCCGCCGUCGCCCGAGAUCGACUACAUCCCCCUCAGGGUGGAGCUGAGGGAGCAGGCCACCCGGGCGCUGCUGGAGGCUGAGUCCAUAUGGUUGCCGGUUCUGAUCCACGGUGCGAUGCAGAACCAGCCGCCCCAUGCCGCCUUCAUGGCCUCCUUCAUCCUGGAGGUAGACCAGUUCAUCCUCACCCCGCUCACCACCGCCGCCCUGGACGCCAAAGACCACGAGACGCCGCAGGAGAGGCUGGUGUUCAACGUGACCGCCCCCCCCGCAGAGGGGUACAUCGCCCACCUGGAUGACCACACCAAGCCCAUCGCCUCCUUCACAUGGCUGGACCUCCACGAGAUGAAGGUGGCCUACCAGCCGCCCAACAGCAGCCAAUCACAGCGCAGAAACUACGAGGCGGAGUUCCAGGCAAUAGACGGGUCCUACGCGACCAGCCCGCCCAUUGUGGUCCACAUCUCCAUCAGGGUGGCGGAAACGAACGCACCAAGAGUCUCCUGGAACAAGGGUUUGGACCUGCUGGAGGGUCAGUCCCGGCCAAUCACGUGGGAGGAGCUACAGAUAGUCGACAGUGACAACAUCAACUCGGUGUUUCUGGUGGCCGUGGACGGACCUCUUCACGGACGCCUGAGUGUCAGAGGAGGGAAGGCGUUCAUGUUCCGCGUGCGUGACCUGAAGGACGGCGUGGUCGUCUACCACCACUCCGACAGCGACACAACCCGCGACCACAUCGUCUUCCGCAUCAGCGACGGCCGCCACAGCAUCCGCCACAAGUUCCCCAUCAACAUCCUGCCCAAGGACGACUCGCCGCCGUUCCUCGUCAACAACGUGGCGGUGGAGGUGCAGGAGGGCGGGGCGGUGCGGCUGGAGGAGUACAUGCUCUCAGCCUCCGACCUGGACUCCAGCGACGACUACGUCCUCUUCCAGGUGGUGUUCAAACCGACGGCGGGGCGGCUGGUGAGGAAGAGCUCCGCCCACGACGCAGGAUCUCCGGUGGACAGCUUCCUGCAGAGAGAUCUGAUCCAGGGUCAGAUCUUCUACCAGCACUCCGGAGACGAGACGUUCGAGGACUCCUUCGACUUCACGCUGUCCGACAGCCACCAGCCGCCAAACCUCUCCCAGACAUACACGGUGGUCGUCCACGUCUUCCCGGUGAAGGACCAGCUGCCGGUGGAGGUGACGGGCAGCGCUCGCUCUCUGACGGUGAAGGAGACGGAGGUGGUUUACGUCACUCAGGCUCAGCUGCACUUCACCGACAGAGAGCGCCCGGACACAGACCUGACCUACGUCAUCACGCAGCCCUGCUUCAGCCCAGUGCAUUCUGGGAUGAUGGACGCCGGGCGUUUGUUCUACACGGACAGCACCAACGCCAUGAAGAAGGACCGCAUGGCGCCCGUCUUAAAGUCCUUCACCCAG